AUGUGCAGCGAUGAGAGUACAUCGCUUAGCUUUCAAGAUCUCAACAGCACAUAUAAAGUGGAAUUACAUCAUUUCAAUACAUGCACAAUAAUUUUUACCUUAAUAGAACCAGAUGAGAUUAAGGAACAUGGAAAAAUUCCUAAUAGUGUAAAUAUACCCUUGGGAAGUGUUUCAACCACUCUCAACACAAUGUCAGAAAAAGAGUUUGAACAAACCUAUGGGAGGAAAAAGCCUUCGGAAGAUACUGAAAUUAUAUUCUAUUGUAUGAUUGGUAAAAGAUCUGGAAUGGCCCAACAGAAUGCAAUAAGUCUUGGAUUUAAAAAUGUUAAAAACUAUGUUGGAAGUUGGACAGACUGGGCAAGCAAAAAUCAA